UAAUAACAAUGGCUUACUGGUUUCACAGAAAUCCUCUAAAAGCAACUGCUCCCAAAACGUUUGAGCUCCAUGGUGUGUCAACAAGUGAUCAGACGAGGAAAAUAUUCAGUGACUUGCGUUUGUUUCGCAAUCAGCUGCUAGAUCUUUUGACAGAUCCGAACCAUGAGCGUCCUGUUGUUGACAAGACUAGCAGUGAAUACUUCGGAUUACUCCAAGGACUGUUCCAGCCAAUUGAUCCAGACGAGCCAGAGAACAAACUGAGGAAAGUUUUAGGUUUUAAAUGGACCAACACUCUUCUGGGAAAUACACCCACGGAAUGCUACGAUGCAGUGUAUGAGUUCAUCUCCAUGUUGAUCAAUGUUGGUUUAUGGUAUACAAAGCACGCAGCAAAACUUGCAGCAAAAGAAGAACCAGAUAUGGAAGAAGCUAAAGAGGUUCACAAAUGCUUAAGAAUAGCUGCUGGCUAUUUUGCAUAUGUCAAGAAUGAACUGUGUGGUCGACUGGAAGACAACAGUACCCCUGCCACGGACACGGAUAGUCGUGUGUUAGACGCUUACAUCAACCAGUGCACUGCAGAGGCUCAGGAAAUCACUCUGGCUCGAGCUGUGGAAAUGAAGCACUCCAACAAUUUGAUAGCAGCGCUGGCAUGUGAGACAGGACAGAUGUACCAGAGGGCAGAUGACUCGCUAUCUAGUUUGGAUGUGAAGAUUGUUGGCAAAUGGAGGAAAUAUUUCCAGUUAAAAUCCAACUUUUACACUGCAUAUGCUCACAGUUACAAUGGCGAAGACUUGCUGAGUCGUGACAAAUGCGGAGAGGCCAUUCGAGGACUAAGAGAGAGUUUACAGUUGUAUGAAAAGGCACAAGUGUUGUGUAAGGAAUACGCCUCAACAAAGGGCCCAGGAACAACGGCAAGACCAGAAAAUCAUAUUUUCUUCAGAAGACUUGGACCAGUGGUCAAAAGAACAAUGGACAAGGUUGAAAGAGAAAAUGGAUUGAUAUACCACCAGAAGGUUGCAUUUGAUGCUCCACUGUUAGAGAUGAAGGCAACGUAUGGCCUGGUGAGCCCUGAGGAGUUCCAGCCACCUUCACUUAACCCACUGUGGACUGUGGAGAACUACAAAAAGUUUGAUACGACAAGAGCCCCCAAACCAGUGAAGAAAGGAGAGAAGAGUGAAACUCUACCGGAAGUAAAAGAGAAGGAAAUUCCGAUGUCCGACAAAGACCCAAAGACAUUAAGUGGCUGUGUAUUGUCGUAAAGACAACAUUUAACAUUUUGUAAAUAACUGUACUGUAUAUGUUGUGAACUCUGUAUGUUGUUGCUAUAUUUGGUUUUAGUUGUAACAACAGAAUACUGCUAAAUUGUAUUUAAGCUUUUGUGUACAGUAAUCUUAUGAGAAAAAAGUGUGACUUCUUAAGAAGAUAAUUGUAUUUUAUCAGGACUGUAUCCCACUUGUACAUUUGUACACUGCAUUCUGUAAAAUUCAGACAUUUAGUGUAACACUUGAAAUUUGUUUAACAUUCUCAACUGUAGUUAAUGAGUGUGUUAUCUUUGAAGCAUAGUCUACACUUAGCAGUUUAGCAGUUAUUUUGACUCAAGUCAUUCGUCUUGUCAUAUUUCCAUUAACACACUGAACUUGUACUAGAUACUUUUUAUCAUCACUGUGCAUGUGUAUUCUCCUUUGGAUAAGGAAUAUCCCUAUUAAUUUUGAUGUUACGGUGAAUGUCACUUAUGUAUAGUUUUCUACAUAAUCCUUCAGCUUUUACUAGAUUAAUUCAACAAAGACUUAAAACAGGUUCUCUAUUAAGUUGAGAGAUAAAAGGUGAAGGUCAUUAGUCCAUUUCAUUAUUAAUGACAACGUGUUAUGGAUGUUGUCAUAAAAAUACAAUGUGA